AUGACUCAUGCCAUAAAAAAUGAAAAAUAUGGUCGACUUUUGUAUUUGAACACGCGCACUGGCGAUGAUGAAGAUGAUAACCCUCAAAAGGGUUAUACAGUGAUGUGUAAACUUGGCGUUGAAGAAGUGCCUGGUUUGAUACGAUUUCGAAUUCCCGAUCACAGCAAGUCACUCAAACUGGAUCAAUGCAUGUUUUUGUGCACACUAGAAGCAGAAGAAAAUUAUGUACCGGACAACGACUAUCACUCGAAAAUUGUGAGCACGCUGGUAGUUAAAAUCUUGGAUUCGCCGUUACUGACAUCAUUUGACGUGCGAGAAUAUGCGUUUUUUACAAAAUUUUUGACGAAAUUGAACUACUCGUCAGAAGCGCAAGAAGUCGAAAUGUUUCCAUCUGGUCAUUACGAUUCACGUGAUGUUGAUGCCGAUAAACUUGAAAAAUAUUUGGUCAAGCACAAUGGAUACACACUCAAACACCAUCGGCAAAAGUUUGCCGAACCUGUUUGGAAAAAUUCGCCAACGAAAUUCAAGUUCAAAACAGGCGCAGAAGAGAUCGAGUACGAAACGCUGAGUUAUCGAUAUCACGUGAGAACUCCGAUUUAUCAUGGAUUGUGCAGACAGCCGCGGGUGAUCCCUCCACAUAUAGCAACUGAAUUUGAUAUUCGACUCAACAAGGCUCCUUCAUGCUUGCUGCAGUCUUCAGAAUUUCAAAAAUGUCGCAUUCCAAUUGAGAAGAUGAAAGAAUUGUUGGCCGGCUCUCACGAUUACUCUGAUGAUUUGGAACUAGAAUAUCGAGUUUUGGAACAUCGAAUUGCCGACGAAUGUAAUUGCGCUAGCUUACAAACGCGCACUCUGGAAUACGAGCAAAUCAAAGUGAUUGGCUAUCACCCUGUUUCCAAGGAGAAUCUUGCUACGAUGGCUGACAAAAGCAAUAUUGGUGCCGAGUAUCCACAGAACACGUGGCAGCCGCACAUUGUGCGUUAUAAAAUUCCAAGAGUGAAACAGCAAAAAUUUGGCGACAAAGCAUAUGGCUUAUUUUGGCGAAGAUUUAACAUGGAUGAAAACAAACUUCCGAAACUCAUGGAUCAUAUGAUUGAAGCGGUAUUUUGCAACGCAUCUUCCGAUGAGAAACCCAUCACCAAUAAAAACAACAAGCAUCUUGCCAAGAUUCCUUUCUUCAAUCCUCGCUGCUUCUCAAAGAAUGAGCCUGGUGGACGAACUUCGUAUACGUACACAAUCAGUACUGGAUCUUUUCCGUAUAUGAUCAUUUUCUCUGGCUUGGCUCAUACUCGGAAUGCAAAAUUUGACUUUCGCACUUGUCCAGUCAAGACGUCGAUGAACGAUCCGAAAUUCAAAAUUUGCGAGUUCUCGAUCAGAAUAAAUCAGACAAACGUCUUUCGAACUCCAUGGCGCACACCAACUCAACACUAUAUCAAUUUUCUGCAACAUAACGGACGAUACGAUAAUAAGGCGAUUGGUGGCAAUGUCGAUUUCGACCAAUUUCAAAAUGAAGAUUGGUGCGUGCCUAUGCGAUUUGACGAUCGCAAGGGGAACUAUGGCUUGAUCGAAGUGGAAGUCGUUUUCGAUCGAGAGCUUGACGUGAAUGACACUUGGGAUGCGAUUGUUUUUCGAGUACCGACAGCAGAUUUGACCCUUGACAAUGUUCGAAAAGAAGCGACAAUUGUUUAUCCUCAACUUGCUGGUACUAAGCGACGAAGAGAACCAGACUAUUUGGAUUUGCAAAAUGAUGGAAUUUGA